ACCAGACCAGAAUGCAGCCUCCUCAGCAGAAGAAGCAGACCUCCGGGUCCAGACACCGACUGUCCUCCGGACGUGUAGCCGACCAUGAGUGCUCUCCUGCGGCCUGCCGUCCUGCUCCUCCUCGGCCUCUCCCUGGCCGUCCUGCCCGCGUCCUCCUCCCGGUUCCGGAUCCCUCCUCACGACCAGGUGGCCCGGAUGGCCCGGUUCGUCGCCCACCGCUGUGACUGGGCCUCCAUGGCCACCGUGUCCACCCACCCGCCGGUGGUCGGUCAGCCCUUCUCCAACGUCUUCUCGGUCAGCGACGGUCCUCCGGGGACCAGCUCCGGGGUGCCCUACCUGUACCUGACCCGGAUGGAGGUGUCGGUCCAGGACCUGCAGGUGAACCCCCAGGCGUCUCUGUCCAUGUCUCUGGCUCAGACUGAUUACUGCAGACAGCAGGGCUUCGACCCUCAGAGUCCUCUCUGUGCUCACAUCAUCCUGUCUGGAUCUGUGCUGCAGGUAAACGGGACGGAGGAGGAGUUUGCAAGGAAAUCUUUGUUUGUUCGACAUCCGGAGAUGAUCGACUGGCCAACGGACCACAACUGGUUCUUCGCCAAGUUCAACAUCACACAGGUGUGGGUUCUGGAUUACUUCGGUGGAGUGAAGACCGUCUCUCCAGAGGAAUACUUCCAGGCCACGCCGUUCAAACACCACUGAUGGGAGUUGUAGUCCUACGGGUGUGUUUGUAGUCCUACGGGUGUGUUUGUAGUCCUACAGGUGUGUUUGUAGUCCUCAGGGGGUGGCCAUGUUGAUUUAAAAGAACAAUGUCACUUUAAGAAGACCCUGAAAAACCAGCAAACUUCAGAUUUUCUGAAGUUCUCCCAUUUUAGUGGAAAAUCUGAAGUUUUUAUAGACUUUUUAAGGAGGGUUUUUAAAUAUGAAUCCACAUUUCGUCAACACCAGGUUUUAUUUUAAAUUUAUGAUGUCAUUGUGAUUUAUUUUUGAUAAAUCUUUCUUUUUUUGAUCUUUUCCAGAUAAGUGCCUUCAGAAUCAUGAGACGAAAUGACUGCAGAUUUAUCCUAUUAUGAGCUUUAUCACUUUAUUCAUUCAGAACCUUGAAUUCUACUUUAAAUUAAAAAUCCUCUCAUAUAAGUUGUUCAUUUCAGUGUUUUUAGGCUUUAAUUUGAAUUAAAACAUUUAAAUUCAGCCUUUAAAGUGAAUAAAUCUGCAUUAAAUGUGUGAAAUUGUUUUUGUUGUUUGGACAUAAAUCAGAACAUUUAGAUCCAUCAUUAAACCAGUAGAAACCGUUGAAUCAAUCCAGAGGAAAGCUUUGAAGUCAUUUUGUUUUUCUCUGCAUUAUUGUGAUUUUUAUAAAACAGUUUUUAUUCUCGUUUAUUUUUAAUAACUUCGUCAGAGGCUUUUAUUUCAAUAUGAAACCUUUACUUUUAGUUGUGUUGCUGCAGAAAACCGACUUUAUAACAAAUGAAACGCACAAGAAACUACUCUUAUUUUGACAUAUGCUUAAAAACGAGCUUGUUGGGGGCGGGGCUAGUGUAUGAUGUGGGCGGGGCUUGUAGUAUUUCCUUGUUUGAGGGCGGGGCUUCAGUCAUCCUUUAGAUCUGGAUGCUGCUGGAACCAAAGUUUGCUGUUAAACAUGAUUGUUGUUUGUAUAAAUAAAGGUUUGAGUUUAAAAUGA